AUGGGAGACAAUUUAAAGUCUUUAAGAAAGGAAAAUGACGCUUUAAAAGAACAGCUUAAGGAAUUAGCUAAAGACAUGGAAAAACUUAAAUCCGCAGUCGAGAAAGAAGCCCCUUGUGCUCAACUAACAGAUCAAGCCAAAGGAUUGCAGUUUCUCAGUGAUGAGUACGAUGGGCUCUCGGCUUCGAGUGCCACAUUUAGUCGCGAAAUUAACCGAAUUUCUACUACACUAGCAGAGCUCUCAAUUAAGAUUUAUCAGAUUGACGAAGUUAUUGAAAGCAUCCAGCAAUAUAGCUAUCAAUACAACAUCAAGAUCGUUGGCGUCCCUCAAACAGAGAUACGAGAAUCUUCCCKUUCCACUGCAGAUCUGUGCUUAAAGAUUUUUCACAGUAUGGGUGCAAGUGAUGUCACUUUACAAGACAUCGACACUGCUCAUAGAGUUCCUAAGAGGAAGCCUAGUCGCCCCGGACAAAAUUAUCCUGAUCCUAUUAUUUGCAAGUUUACUCGCCRUUUAGCGAAGGAAGAAGUAAUGGCUGCCAAAAAGGCGUUACGUAAUUUGACCCCAAGUGACCUUGGUCUUCCUCCUUUCAUGACCUUGAAACACGUUAGUAUUUACCAUCACUUAACCCCRAGGCUGCAAAGUCUGUUAUACGAAACAAAGCGUUUUAAAAGUGCAAAUGAUUACAAGUUUUGUUGGUCAAAAAGCACGGCUGUUUUUCUUCGAAAAGAUGACUCAUCGACUGUUAUAAAGUUGACCAAGUACGAAGAUCUGGAUAAGUUAAAGCAAGGCGAAGAUGCACAAGUGUAUGCUGAAGACUAUGACCAAGAUGACUAAACAACUUAUAGUGUUUUUU